AUGUCAUCUGGGCAUCUUGCACUGCGCUGGUACGUCAAAUCAUCGCCUGAGUGCAGGGUCUUAAUUGGUCGUGACGCCAUGGCCUCAAGCGGCUAUUUGCAGGCAGCGGUGCUUCUCACUGCGGUUCUCUUGUGUUUAGGAGCCACAAAAGCGGACCAGGACAUGGGCACUGUGAUCCCCGCUGAGAGUCGCCCAUGUGUGGACUGCCAUGCUUUUGAAUUCAUGCAGAGGGCCCUUUUGGAUUUGAAAAAGACCGCUUUCAACCUUGAUGCCAGGACGGAAAAUCUGGUGUUACGGGCCGAAAGGAGAGCCUUAUGUGACUGUAUGCCAACUGGAUCCCUGGGCUGA